AUCACCUCAUCCAUCAGCAUGACAAAGUUGCUGUCUCUGCCACUUGAAUUGUUGGUCUACAUAUCCUCCUUUGUCUCGACCUCUGAUCUGGCCGCCUUGCGUCUCACCUGCAAGCAAACAGAGAAGUCGCUAUACGAAUGGUUUUCGGAAGAGUUCUUCGUGAAGAAGCAGUUCAUGCUCACACAGCCGUCUCUCCAAGUACUGCUCGAUAUCUCUCGGCACGUCAGUCUUUCCAAGAAGCUGAAACAUCUGAUCAUUGCCACCAAUGUCUACGAUGACAUCCCCAUCCGCUUCAGAGACGGCGAUGCAUGCAUCAGCUAUAUGCAAGGUUACGCCGAUCAACAGGCGCUGAUCAGCAACGGCGUCGACCGCGAGAUGUUGACCGAAGCCUUCAAAGGAUUGAGCAACCUGGAGACCGUCGAUGUCCGUGACUUCUGCGCCAGACGCGAGCGCGAUGGGACUUACUGGGCUUCAUGGGGUGCUACGACCGUACGUCAGAAAACUGGCGUGCCACUGCGCGAAUCCUACCGUGGUACAGGCUCGCAAUCACGCUUUGUGUCGCACGUCUUCUCCAAUCUGCUGUACUCCAUGGGUGUAGCUGGACGAACCCCUUCAAGGAUCGAAAUUCUUCUACACCAGCAACCUGCAGGCCUCCCAGAUGGUGCCUUCCACCUCGCCAACUUUACGUUCCCGGCGAUUCAGCCUGUGCUGUACAACCUUAAAGCUCUCUUCCUGACACUCAACCUCUCUGAUCUGUCAACACAUACGCAUCACACCUACUCUAGAGGUUUGCGUAUUACGACAGCAGCCGGACGGUCUCUGCGUCAUUUCUUGAGCUGUACACCCAACCUCACGCAUCUGCGCCUCAACUUCCAAAAGUCUCACGUUCCCGACAAUAUGAAGUUCAUGGAGUGGCUCGCCACAACACCGACCUCUCCAGCGGGACCUCCACAACCUACAAGGGUGAAUCUGGAAGAGCCGUCACCAGUCAGUCUGCCUCAUCUUACGACAUUGGAGCUCGGGCGGUUGGACGUCGAUCGAGACAUCCUACUCGCUGUGCUCACCAGGUUCGCUCUCAAGCUUGAACGCCUCAGCCUGUGGCGCACAACCGUCAUCGCGAGCCCGUCAGGUCCUUACGACACCAAGCCGAACAUCUGGUCGCAGUUCUUCAACCGCCUCAGUUCGAUAUCUGGACUCGGCCUGACUUACCUGAAGGUCGGUGCUCUUACGCAGAACAAUCACACAGUACGGUUCAAAACCGAGACUUGUGGAGAAGAGACGCCUGAGAUAGAGAGGGAGUACUCGGGCAAGGAUAUGGCGAAAUUCGUCAAGAGUUUGGUGCAUGACGUGGCUGUGGAGUGGCCGCCCGAGCUUAUCUUCGAUAGCGACGCAAGUAUUGAGGAUGGGGAUGAAGAUGAAGAAUAAUCUGUCUAUGCAGUCAGGACCUUGCACUUUGAUGAAGCAAACAAACACUGAUGAUAACUUUUCCGUCACAACAUGCCUCCAGAAGUUUUAUCCUCGUACUUCUAGCAUGCUAACCUGAGGCACACGGACUGCGAUCUUUAUGCUUUCGAGAAGAUGGCAUAUGCCGUCAUCGCCGAGCUGGUCUUCACAAAUUCUCCCUGCCCACAGGACGCCGUGGGGUCGCAAAUAUAACCAAG